UCCUGGGAUGAAGCGGGGGCGCGCAGCGCUGGUACAUCAGUAGCUGCUGCUGGGAACCGUGGAGUGUUUUUCUGCCCGAGGCCGGCACUCAGACCUGGAGGCUCCCGGCUCCUAGCUCCCGGUCACUGGCUCCUGGAGUCGUCGUAGCGGAGGCCCGCCGUUCCCUAGCCCGGAGUGGCCGGGGCCACCGCAGCGGCCGAGGUCGCAAUGAGUCCCGGGUUCCGCCGGGCGGUCGCUGGGCAGGGGGCGGCGGCCGCAGUGCAGCUGCUUGUCACUCUGAGCUUCCUCCCAAGUCUUGUCAAGAACCAGGUGACUGGAGUCCUGGAUGAUUGCUUGUGUGACAUUGACAGUAUUGAUAACUUCAACACCUACAAAAUCUUCCCCAAAAUAAAAAAGUUACAAGAACGAGACUAUUUUCGUUAUUACAAGGUUAAUCUGAAGCGACCAUGCCCUUUCUGGGCAGAAGAUGGCCAUUGCUCAAUAAAAGACUGUCAUGUGGAGCCCUGUCCGGAGAGUAAAAUUCCAGUUGGAAUUAAAGCCGGGCAUGCAAAUAAGUACUUGCAGGUGGCAAACACCACCAUAGAACUGGAAGACUGUGAGCAGGCUAACAAACUGGGUGCCAUCAACAGCACAUUAAGUAAUGAAAGCAAAGAAGCAUUCAUUGACUGGGCGAGAUACGACGAUUCACAGGAUCACUUUUGUGAACUUGAUGAUGAGCGGUCUCCAGCUGCACAGUACGUGGACCUGCUGCUGAACCCGGAGCGGUACACUGGCUACAAGGGCUCCUCGGCAUGGCGGGUGUGGAACAGCAUCUACGAAGAAAACUGCUUCAAGCCCCGAUCUGUAUAUCGUCCUUUAAAUCCUCUGGCGCCCAGCCGAGGGGAAGAUGAUGGAGAAUCGUUCUAUACAUGGCUAGAAGGUUUGUGUCUUGAGAAAAGAGUCUUUUAUAAGCUUAUAUCGGGACUUCAUGCCAGCAUCAAUUUACAUCUGUGUGCAAAUUAUCUUCUGGAAGAAACCUGGGGUAAACCUAGUUGGGGACCUAACAUCAAAGAAUUUAAACGUCGCUUUGACCCUGUGGAAACAAAGGGGGAAGGUCCAAGAAGGCUGAAGAAUCUGUACUUUUUAUACUUGAUAGAGCUUCGUGCUUUGUCAAAGGUGGCCCCUUAUUUUGAACGCUCGAUUGUUGAUCUUUAUACUGGCAACUUGGAAGAAGAUGCUGACACCAAGACCCUUCUGCUCAGCAUCUUUCAGGACACAAAGUCCUUUCCCAUGCACUUCGAUGAGAAAUCCAUGUUUGCAGGUGACAAAAAGGGGGCCAAGUCAUUAAAGGAGGAAUUCCGGUUACAUUUCAAGAACAUCUCCCGCAUCAUGGACUGUGUUGGGUGUGAUAAAUGCAGAUUGUGGGGAAAAUUGCAGACUCAGGGUUUAGGAACUGCCUUGAAGAUACUAUUCUCUGAAAAAGAAAUCCAAAAACUUCCGGAGAACAGUCCAUCUAAAGGCUUCCAGCUCACUCGGCAGGAAAUAGUUGCUCUUUUAAAUGCGUUUGGAAGGCUUUCUACAAGCAUAAGAGAAUUACAGAACUUUAAAGCGUUAUUGCAGAACAGGAGGUAAUGAAGACUUUUCUAUGUCGCCAUAGACAUAACGAACUGUGUGAAGCCUUUUAGCCUUGGACACUGAGCAGAGAGACUAAGUGUCUAAGACUUGAAGAAUUCUGAACUCUUAAAGAAGAAGUUCAAAUGUCCACUUGAAUAUUUAUGAUCCUUAAUAGAUACCAAUUAGAGCUAUUUAUAAAUGAAGUAUAUACUUUAAAAUUGCAAGUUAUACUAUCCCAUGUUUGUUCCACAUUGGUCUUGUUUGUAUUGUAUUACCCUUCAUUUCUAGUUGUCAAAUUUUAAAUGACUGUGUCUAUCCUGAGAAGACUAUUCAGUCUGUUAUAGAAAAAGAACUAGGGAACCAGUGCUGCCUAGGGCUGGUCUCAGUGACAGAAAUUCGUCAAUGGUGUAGUUAGUGUUUUAGCCUUGCCUGACACUGUGUGUCAUCUUCCGUAACACAGGGCUGUCACUAUAAUGAAUAGGCCUUUCAGUGACUAGUGAGAGAGGUUCUGGAUGAUCUCCCAGGACUUCGACCAUUUUAAGAUGUUUAGUUGCUGUUGCUGCUUUGGUUUUGGCCUAAAGGGACCUGCCUUGGUGAAGGUGGGUAAGUGCCCUCCCAUGCUCACUUGGCCUGUGUACCCCAGGCUAGCUCAAGAGUGUCCUCUACCUAAAGCCUACAGCUCCCCUUCUGACUGUUCUCUUUGUCCCUCUCCUAAUUAUAGACAUUUUCAUUUAUUUUAUGAAAAGUCCUAUUUAUUUAAUGGAUUUUUUUCUUCACAAAAUUUGAAUGGGAUCCUAUGGGCUUAUAAUGCUAAUUGCAUUAUGCACAAAUUUUGCUGUGUUAAAGUAAGCAUUUUAAAUAUUUGAUUUUGAACACAAUCUAUGCAAUCCUCUACCUCUUUGUGUGAUUCUGUUUGGUGAGAUGCUUCAGCAUGAGUGUCGCUUCCUCCUUCCUCUCCAUCUUCAGUUCAUCCCAGAUCAGCCAUCCUUGGUGUGACAUAAGACAGUGGAGGACUUGAAGGCCCUAGACUAUCCUUUUCGAAACCUGUAAAGUCUUUUCAAUAUUUUAAAUCUUGAUUCUUUUAAAGGUGGCAGUGGAUAAUGGGAUUACUUGAAAGGUUUUUAUCUGUGUGGAAUGUGAGUCCAAAGUCUCACAUCUCCUUAGAUUCCGUCUUUCUGAAGUAAACAGUAAGUGCUCUUAAACCCACAUCUUAUCUGCCAAAGUCUGAACUGUGCUCCUGUGACUUCAUGGUGUGUGCCAGAUUAUUUAGUUGGUUUAUUCCCAUUAAUGCCUAGUCUUCCCCUGUGGAGGUGUGAUGGGGGACUGAAGCCUCAUUAGUUAUUUCUGCUCCUAAUUCCUAAUCUUUAGAAACUUAAUGUUGAGAGUGGUGAAUUUUGUAGGUUAUUUUUUAAAGAUCUCUUGCAAUUUUCCUUUUUCUUUGCUUUUUAUUUUUUUAAAGAGUCAAGUAUUACCACAUAAUGGGAGGAGGCCACUGUAAGACAAAAAGUCCACAAAGUGAAUGCCAGUGACCUUGCUGGUACAGCAGUAAGUUCUGCAGCUCACUUAGAAUGUAAGGAAAUAUGAAAAAAAUGCACUUUAUUUUUAUUUUAAAUGCAGAGUUUGUUUUGGAAAUGUCAUUUACCACCACUGCAGUUAGAUACUAUUGUUUAAACUAUUUGCUUGAGGAAAAAAAUAUAUCCUCAUUUCCACUUGCAGGCUAGGACACACAGCAGCAUAGAGUGUGUUCUUGGAAGCUGAAAGAAAUGGUUAAGUUACCAUGUCCUCGCGGUUGUAAUGAAUUUCUUCAGUAGGGAAGUAUUCUGAUUUGGUGUUUGUUAUAUUAACCUUUACAUCCUUUUGCAUGGCCAACAUUGCCAUGACAUCUAAGGACUGUGGAGACUGUAGCACUGUUUGGUAACCCUGGCGGUGAGUCUACCCUUAAAAAGCUGUCUGCCAGUUCUGUCACCUGUGCUUAAAAAUCUAGCACUCGACAUCCAAACUGACAGAAAUGAUUGUACCUGGUGCCAUGAUCGUGAAGAGGAAGUAUUUUCCCUUGGUGGCCUGUUUGUUUUCCUGUGGCAUCUGUGUUAGACAGACGUUACACACUAAAAUGGUCAGUGCUCAGUGCUCUUCCUGUUUCGGAUUAUGUGGAGCAUUAGCCAAAACAAGAUUUUAGUUUUGAAACCUGACAAGUCAAAUGUUGAGCCCCUGCAUCGUGUGUAUGAAAUGCUGUGCCGUGUUUCUCAGCCCUGCCUAGGUGCCACUGUAGACAAGGAAGGACAACUGUGCUGGUCUUCCUCAGCAUUGCCUUCAGCCGGACACCUGAAAACAGUUCACAGUAGGCCUCUCGCAGUUUGCAGACUGAAGUUCCCGCAGAAGCCAUAGCUAGUCACCAAAAGGCUCAGAGCAGGUACCCGGUGUCAUGGAAAUUCCUUGGUACAGGCUAAGUACAUAAAUCCACGUCCUUUGAUUGAAAUAGCAUCUGCAGAUGCAGCUUUGAGUUUCCCGAGCAGAAUUCCAAAUAAUUUGCUCUUGUAUCCACCAGAAUCUAGACCAUGAAUUAAAAUACAUGUUUCUGCAA